AUGUCGGCAACAAGACCACGAGCUGGCCAUUUCAGCAUCCUUUACUUCGCCUCUGCCGCGUCCUUUACCAACAAAUCAUCUGAUGACUUGGUAGCCCCCAUGAAGCUCUCAGCACUGCUUGAUCAGCUCGAAGACAUGUACCCUGCAAUCAAAGAUCGAAUUCUGCACAGCUGUGCUCUCACUGUGAAUUUGGAGUAUGUAGAUAUCCAGGCUGAUGCCGAUAUGCUUAUCAUUGAAGGAGACGAGGUUGCUGUCAUCCCACCUGUGAGCUCCGGAUGA